AAUUGUUCCUGCCUGGCUCUCCCUGCUCCUCAAAUCGAGGCCCAAGGAAACGGCAAUCGCGGCCGCAAACCCGAUCGCAUUUGCUGCAUUGCUCUUAGGUCGCCCCUCUGUGCCCUGAGUGGUGGCUGCCCUGCUCCUCACUCGACAGCAAAGGAAAAGUGGUGCAAAGUGGAAGCAAUCGGGCACCCAGACUCGACAUUGCACAAACCCACAAAGACACGGCCAAGGUCUUGGUCUUGAUCAGCUCGAACCUUCCUUUUACCCCCUCUGCCUCGUCCUUUGCGACGUGAAAUCAUGCCGCCAGUCCUGGGCAGCUCGCAGCAUCCUCCACUCCCACCACCGCCCGGUCAGCAAGCUCAGCAGCAGCAGCAGCAUCUACAGCACCCAGCGGGACCGCCCUACCCAUCCAUGCACGCUCCUCCUCACCAUGCCUAUGCUCAACAGCAGCCACCACCGCCCCCUACUAUGACUGGCGCACCCUCGCAUCAGCCUCCCCCACCUUCUCACCACCAUCACUCUCAUCACCACUCCAUGGCACCUCCUCCAGGCCCAAUUCAAUCCAAUGGAGUCGCACGAAGCGGUGGAGCAAACAGGGCCAAUGGCUCUGCUAGGGUAGUCUCGGGGCCACAACAGGCAGCUGAGGCACAAGCCCAGGCCCAGGCACAAGCUGCUGCUGCUGCCGCCGGUGCUCCAGGAGGGCCUGGCGCUCAUGGUCAUCCUGCCGAUGGACAGCCAGUGUCCACGCUGCAGAAGCUGGCGCAUGCCAAUGAGCAGGCUUGGAUUGCAAUUGGCUCCGCUGCUGAAUCCAUGGAAGACUUCGAUCGAGCCAUUGGAGCCUAUGAGUCUGCCUUGAGGCAUAACCCAUACUCGGUCCCUGCCAUUAGUGCGAUUGCAGGCGUGCACCGAUCAUUAGAUCGAUUCAGCAAAGCAGUCGACUACUUCCAGAGAGUACUCAACAUCGUGCCAGAGAGCGGAGAGACCUGGGGAGCCAUGGGUCAUUGCUAUCUGAUGAUGGACGACCUGCAAAAGGCCUACACUGCCUAUCAGCAGGCUCUGUAUCAUCUGCCAAACCCUAAGGAGCCUAAGCUGUGGUAUGGCAUCGGAAUUUUGUAUGACCGAUAUGGCAGUCUAGAACACGCUGAAGAAGCCUUUGCCAGCGUUGUGCGAAUGGACCCCAACUACGAAAAGGCCAAUGAGAUCUAUUUCAGGCUGGGUAUCAUUUACAAACAGCAGAACAAGUUCGGAGCCAGUCUCGAGUGCUUCCGUUACAUUCUCAGCAACCCUCCACGACCUCUGACCGAGGUGGACAUCUGGUUCCAAAUUGGGCACGUCUACGAGCAGCAAAAGGACUUUGCCCUUGCCAAGGAAGCCUACGAGCGUGUCCUUGCUGAGAAUCCCUCUCACGCCAAGGUCCUGCAACAGCUAGGAUGGCUCUACCAUCAGUCGAAUGCCGGCUUCCAGAACCAAGAGAGGGCCAUUCAGUUCCUGACCAAGAGUCUUGAAUCUGAUCCAAAUGACUCGCAGAGCUGGUACCUCCUUGGACGAGCCUACAUGGCCGGGCAGAAUUACAACAAGGCCUACGAGGCCUAUCAGCAAGCAGUGUACAGGGACGGCAAGAAUCCUACCUUCUGGUGCUCGAUUGGUGUCCUCUACUAUCAGAUCAACCAGUUCCGCGAUGCCCUUGAUGCAUACUCUCGCGCUAUUCGUCUCAACCCGUACAUCUCCGAAGUCUGGUUCGAUUUGGGAAGUCUCUACGAGUCCUGCAACAACCAAAUCUCCGAUGCCAUUGACGCCUAUGCACGAGCAGCGGAGUUGGAUCCCGAGAAUCAGCACAUUCAGCAGCGACUGAUGCUGCUUCGCAACGCAGAAGCCAAGGGCGAACAGGUCUCGUCUGCUCCGACUCCUCAAGAUGUUCACCCUACUGCGUAUGCAAAUGCCAGUGGAAUCGCCCCUGGUCCUCCUUCACAAAUUGGUGGUGCACCUCCUCCGGGUCAGUACGCUCAUGGAGGACCUGGCGGACCACUUCUGCCACCGGGAGGUGGACCACCUCCUCCUGGUGAAGGUAUGGGAGGCGCAAGAGACCUACCCGGUCCAGGCGGACGACACUCUCCUGGCAUCGAUCGAGACAUGCCUCAGAGGGGAGGUCCACCUCCUGCUAUUCCUAACAUCGAUGAUCGCGGCAUUCGAGGUCCUUCACAGACGCCAUUUGCGCCCAUGGACGCUCCUCCCAUCGGCAGCUCAGCGAGAACAUCACCUUCGAUGUCCCGAUCGUAUGCUGCUCCCCCGCCUCCACCUCACCCGCGUGACUCACCGCGCAACCAGCAGGCUCUUGCCUACCCGAGCGAUCCUCGUCAUGUAGACCAAUACGGCAGGCCUCUGCCACCAUCUCAUAUGGAUCGAGAACGCGAGCAUGAUAUGAGGGAGAGGGAACGAGAGUGGCAGAGGGGUGGAUCCCACCAGGCUAUGCCUCGAGGAGGUGAGCCACCAUCCUCUCGCUACGGGAAUGGCAGAAAUUCGCCACCAAGCAGUUAUGAUCAUGCGCCGGCAUACGGUGGACCAGGAGGUGCCUCUGAAGCGGGAGGAGGAGGAGCCCCUUAUGACCCCCUGGAUCGUAGCCGACCAUUGCGACGCUCAGAUGGCAGCACAGGAGAGAAGGAACAGAGUGAGAUCUCUGGCGGUGGGAUGCCUCCAGGUGGACCCGCCUCUGCCAUCAAGGGAGCCAAGAAAGCAACUCGAAAGCCAAAGGCAACAGCCGAUGGCGCCUCGCCGAUUCCUCGCAACAAGAAGGCUGCUGAGUCUCCCCGAGGCCAGUCUCCUCCGCUCAGUCGUGGCUCAAAGGGCUCUACUAGCAAGCCUGGUACCGCUCCCCAUACUCCUCGCCAUGUUCCCGAAGAGGUCCCUGCAGCUGGUCCUGCACCGUCGAGAAAGGUGGAUGAGGACUACGAUGAAGGAGCUGCUGAUGCUCUUCUGGGCCUUGCUAGUGCCGCUUCUGCCUCUGCUGCUAUGCCGCCUCGGCCUGCUCCCGCUGCUCAGCCUUCCCCACCUCUGGACAGCGCCAACGGAGUGCAGACUUCCGAGCCAGUGUCGGCGGACAAGGAUGCUCCAUCCCCGCCUGCCUCUUCAGUCCUCGGCAAACGCUCGGCGGACGAGACGAACGGCAACGAUGGGCUCAAUGGCAAGCCGCAGAGUCCAUCUUCGCACACUGCAAGUCGAGACGAGGCGGCUGCUGUGACAGAUGGCGCUCCUGGAUCUCCUGAAGCAGGUCCAAGCCAGAGCAAGAAGCCUCGGCAUGAAGAAGCUGCAACGACGACGGCUGACGAAGUGGCUUCCUCGACGGGCGCCGUUGCCGAGGUAGCAGAACCAGUUGCUGCUGCUGAAGCUGAAGCUCCUGCCGUCUCUGAGGUGCAAGAGGCCACGAUGGAGAAGGAAGCCCCCACAGCUGCCCCUGCCACUACAGGUACGCCAGAGGCUGCAGCGGACAAGCCUGCUGAGCCUACCGCCGCCGAGACCGCUCCCGUUGGGGCAGACCAGGCUUCUUCGGCAGCAGAAGCAGAGACGGUAGAAGAGGCAGCAGCGGCAGCCCCUGUAGCAGCUGAGCCUGUAGCGACGACAUCCACGCCGGCGGAGGCUGUUGGUAAUUCUAGCAAGGAGGAAGGCGAAGUGGAAGAGGAAGCCGAGGAAGGGGAAGUCAAGGCGGCAGUGGUGGGUGCUGCUGGAGAUAGUGAAGCAAAAGAGGAGGAGGGGGACAAGGAAAAGGAGAAGGUGGAUGAAACUAAGAUGGAUGAAGGAAAGUAG